AGGGUUCGGGGGACGCGCGCUGCCUCGCUCUCCCACUCGCCACCCGCCCCUCCCCCGCCCGCCGCCGUCGCCCGGGAAACCGGUCGCAGUCGCAGUCGCCCGCCCACUUGAAGCCGGUUUCAUGGCAGCCGCGGAGAAAGCAGUUUGGGGGCCAUUGGUGGGGGCAGUGGACCAGGGCACCAGCUCGACGCGCUUUUUGGUUUUCAAUUCAAAAACAGCCGAACUGCUCAGUCAUCAUCAAGUGGAAAUAAAACAAGAGUUUCCAAGAGAGGGAUGGGUGGAACAAGACCCUAAGGAAAUUCUUCAUUCCGUCUGUGAGUGUGUCGAGAAAACAUGCGAGAAACUUGGACAGCUCAAUAUUGAUAUUUCCAACAUAAAAGCUAUUGGUGUCAGCAACCAGAGGGAAACCACUGUAGUCUGGGACAAGUCAACUGGAGAGCCUCUCUACAAUGCUGUGGUAUGGCUUGAUCUAAGAACCCAGUCUACCGUCGAGAGUCUUAGUAAGAGAAUUCCAGGAAAUAAUAAUUUUGUCAAGUCCAAGACGGGCCUUCCACUUAGCACUUACUUCAGUGCAGUGAAACUUCGUUGGAUCCUCGACAACGUGAGAGAAGUUCAAAAGGCUGUUAAAGAAAAUAGAGCUCUUUUUGGGACCGUCGAUUCAUGGCUUAUUUGGAGCUUGACAGGAGGAGUCAAUGGAGGUGUCCACUGUACGGAUGUAACAAACGCAAGUAGAACGAUGCUUUUCAACAUUCAUUCUUUGGAAUGGGAUAAAGAGCUCUGCGAAUUUUUUGGAAUUCCUAUGGAAAUUCUUCCAAAUGUCCGGAGUUCUUCUGAGAUCUAUGGCCUAAUGAAAGCUGGGGCCUUGGAAGGUGUGCCAAUAUCUGGGUGUUUGGGAGACCAGUCUGCUGCACUGGUGGGACAAAUGUGUUUCCAGGAUGGACAAGCCAAAAACACGUAUGGAACAGGAUGUUUCUUACUAUGUAAUACAGGCCGUAAGUGUGUAUUUUCUGAACACGGCCUUCUCACCACAGUGGCUUACAAACUCGGCAGAGACAAGCCAGUUUUUUAUGCAUUGGAAGGUUCUGUAGCUAUCGCUGGUGCUGUUAUUCGCUGGCUAAGAGACAAUCUUGGAAUUAUAAAGACCUCAGAAGAAAUUGAAAAACUUGCCAAAGAAGUAGGUACUUCUUAUGGCUGCUACUUCGUCCCAGCAUUUUCAGGAUUAUAUGCACCUUACUGGGAUCCCAGUGCAAGAGGGAUAAUCUGUGGACUCACUCAGUUCACCAAUAAAUGCCAUAUUGCUUUUGCUGCUCUAGAAGCUGUUUGUUUCCAAACCCGAGAGAUUUUGGAUGCCAUGAAUCGGGACUGUGGAAUUCCACUCCGUCAUUUGCAGGUAGAUGGAGGAAUGACCAGCAACAAAAUUCUUAUGCAGCUACAAGCAGACAUUCUGUAUAUUCCAGUAGUGAAGCCCUCAAUGCCUGAAACCACUGCGCUGGGCGCUGCCAUGGCGGCAGGGGCAGCAGAAGGAGUCGGCGUUUGGAGUCUAGAACCCGAGGAUUUGUCAGCUGUCACGAUGGAGCGGUUUGAACCUCAGAUCAACGCUGAGGAAAGUGAAAUCCGUUAUUCUACAUGGAAGAAAGCUGUGAUGAAGUCAAUGGGUUGGGUUACGACUCAGUCUCCAGAAAGUGGUAUUCCAUAAAUAAUAUCAACUCGUGGAUUCCCAAGAUGCGAGCUUUUUAUGUAACGAGAGAAUCCUGCAAUUAAUUCUGUUUCUUAAUGUGAUGACACUAUUCAUAGACUAUGAUUUUAUUUAUAAGCCACUUGCUGUAUGAUCCUUCAAGUAGACCUGUGGCUUGAAAUAAAGAAAAUGCAGCAGAAAGAAUGCUAUAGAAA